ACAAACUCCAAGUUCUGGAGCUCACUAGAAAAAAAAAUCAUCGUCGUCAGCUUCGCCACAGUUCUAGCCUUUCUCUCUCAUAGAAUCCCUGUGCAAUUCCUCUACCAACCAAAGUUGUUGAGCAGGAGGCAACAAUUCCUCUCUACUAGUCGCUUUUUUUCUUCACCGGCUUCUUUUCUAUCCGUGCGGUUCUUGCCAUAAAGAUUUAUAUCACAGACGUCAUGCUACGAUAGUUUGCUGUGCUGGUUCUACGAUCUUCUUACGGCGAGCUUUCUACUCUGACAUAGCUUCCUCUGGCGCAUUGCAGCAAACGACUGCCAAGAUGAUGAGAUUAUACCUCCUACCGCUCUCGACGCGGCGAACUCUCCUCUAUGCGAAACGGCUCGAAGCAAAUACUGCGCCACAAGGAAGAACAUAUGUUGACAAGGGCACUGCCUGGGCAGCCAAGACGUGGGCGCAAUGGGAGAAGAUGGAGUCUGGAUGGAAGCGCAAGGUCGUCGAUUACGGUAACUACGCUUUUCGUCGCAUCCCAUAUGAAGAAUGGGGCUUGAAGUCUGUACCGCCUCUGUCGGUGAGACGCCGUGGGAAGGAGAUUGAGAUGAAGGAAAAGGUCGACUUGUGCUUCCCGAGCUCGGUGAUACCGCCGAAUAAGGCGGAGGGUAUCCUCAAGACUCUUGCGACGGAGCGUCAGGCGCUUCACAAAAAGAGGCUUGUGUGGUGCAUUGUCGGCAUGCCGAUUACUAUUCCAUUUGCGCUCGUACCCAUCAUCCCCAACCUGCCCUUCUUCUACCUCGUCUACAGAGCGUGGUCACACGGCAGAGCCAUCUCAGGUGGAAAGCAUCUCCAAUGGCUCCUCGAGAACAAGCUCCUACGCCUAGCUCCCUCUGAGAAGCUCGACCGGCUUUACGCACUACAUGCCCCACCAGCCGAAGAGCCGGACAAUAAGGAACGCACCCUUCUUACACAAAAGGAAGUUCAGACUUUCUCAGACACUCUUGACAUGCCGGCUCUUGAAGUGGAGCUCGAAAGGGCUAUAUGGCAGGUCGAGCAAGCCGUUCAAGACCCAGAUAGUCAGAGCCCACCUAAAGAGAGUUCACCUGGUACAGCUGCCGAGAAACCAGGGUCCACUGAAACGGUGGACAAGAAAGAUCAAUGAGAAAAGAAGAAUUAGUUACGCAUGAGUUUUCUUUAUGUUAGACGAUGUAUGAUACCUAUGUACUAAGCUAGGAGUGUAUUUUGGUACGGUUAAAGAAAUGGUUGG